AUUUGGUGUCAUGAAGAAGAAACCUGCAGUAAUUUUGCAAAGUGCUCAGUAACCAUUCAGACCUAGAAGCAUGGAUGAAGUUUUGCAUACAACAUUUCUUCUCUUUUGUUUUGGUAGAAUCCAGGGAAUGCCUUUCCUGAGGCAAAAUGCUCCUUCAGUGACUACAGAAGGUACCAAUCCCACUAUCAAAUGCCUGGUGGAGAAUGGCAAGGUGGAUGGAUUUGUUCUGUCCUGGUACCAGCAGCUGUCUAAACAAGGGCCUACAUUUCUGCUUAGUCAACGUGCCAACAAAAAACCUAUUUAUGGAGCUGGUAUCUCUGAGAGAUUUCUCCCUACAAUUGAAGAAAACACUAAUUCCUUUACUCUUACCAUUGGAAAUGUGGAUAAGCAAGAUUCUGGAAUCUACUACUGUGCCAUCUGGUAUGCCAAUCAGUACAUCUUUGGUGCAGGAGCUGAUGUAAUUAUUUUAGGUAAGAGACAUAAUAUGGUGCAUCAAUUUACAGAUAAAGGACACACCAAGAGGAUAAAAAAACCCUCAGUGCAGCUUCUCGGACCAUCAUGUGUUGAGAUUGCUCAGAAAAGUUCUGUAACCUUCAUCUGCCUGGCCUCGGAUUUCUAUCCAAAGCAUAUCCGAAUCAACUGGCACAUCAACCAUGUCCAAACUUCCUCUGGCACACAGUUCCCUUUCACUGAGAAUGAGGAUGGUACAUUUAAUGUGCCUGGAGUCCUUACUUUGCCAGCAAAUACAUGGGCUGGUAUGGUUGUUGUUACCUGUGAGGUGGAACAUGAAGCCUUAGCCAUACCUCUUAAUAAGAGCAUAAAGCAUGAAGCAAAGCAGAAAAAAGGGCAAUUGGCAGAGAUUCUUAGAGGAGCAUUCUUCUACUAUCUGGCCAUUAUUUCAGUCAGCAUUAUCUAUGGGUUUGGUGUUUCUUUUGCUCUUUAUAAGAAGAAGAUAGAAAUUAAAAGGCUGGAUGCUAUCUCAGACAACCUAAAACAACCAACUUAUAAUGAGGACACAGAAUGAUAACUAAUCAGGGAGAGGUGGCAUUGGAGAUGAAGGUCUACAGCAAAUUGGUGGUACUUUCAUUAUCUACCACCAGUGAUCAAACUCAACCAAUUCCCAUGGUGAAAUGCAUUUUUUAAAACUUACCUAAUUUGUUUUAGUGCAUGGUCAGCAAGAACUAUAAAUAACUCUUUAACUUUGUUAUUUUGAUUUUCAGCCAGCUAGGUUUAUGGUGAAGCCACUAGAAUCUUACAGAAGAUGUUUAUGUUUUAUUUUCUUCAUUCCUGCAAAUAUAUUAUUCCGAUGUUAUAUUUGCAUACUAUAUACCAAAACAGAUGAAUUCUAGACACAAGGUUACUUGAAGUUCAUCUAACCACAGACUGUAUGUGCAAAUCUAAUAUCCCUCAAGUACCAUGUACCUCGGUGUACAAUGGAUAACAACUCAUCAGACUCUGACCUCCAAUCCCAUUAGCCUAAACUAACAUACAGACAUACCUCUUGACUAUACAUCAUGAUAUAUCAGGGACAGUUCUUUAUUUUGAGUCGUAAAAAUGCCUUAUUCUAUGCUGUUCCACAAAGAAAGGUUUGUCACUCAUUCACUGUUAAGAACUUUUAAUGAAUAUCAUAGCAAAUAAUACUGAAUCAUAUUAAUUCAUCAACAAAACUUGAGGUGCAGAUUACAAUCCUGCUAUAAACUUCCAUGUUAAAGUUGUUAACAAGUGCUCCCUGUUUUGCCUACCUGUUCCAUAGAAAGGUAGUAUUUAACAUUUCAAGACAGACGUUUGAGAACUAUGAUAGUCACAGCUGUGGUCAGUUGAUAUAAAUGUUAAGAAAUGAGAAUACAUGCCAUCCUUAAUAGCUAUAACGGGACUCAUACAUGUCAACUUUCUGUGCUGCAUUUCAUGCCAUACAUUAAUAUACUUCAGUACUACACAAAAAAACAUUUAUUGUCUUAAAGCACUUAGAAAUAAAACAGUCACUAGCUUUACCCCUCCUUUACCAAAUUUUUGUUGCUGGAGGUUAAAGCAUUAUCCUUUGAAAUGACAGAUACUGUUGACUGUGUUGCAACAAUCAGCUCUAGCUUUUAAUUUCCAUUGUACUUAAGCGGUUAUUGGAUGGUAAUUUGGGAGAUAACUAUUAAAGAUUACUGAAAUAUUGACUGGUGUAAGGACCACUCAAUCUGUUAAGGAGGAGUUAUGCAUGCAUGUACGCACUCUACAAAUAUACAUACAUACAUGUAUGUAUGCAUGUAUGUAUUGUACUCCGGCUAAUUAAGUUACACAUCCUCUUAGGGAGAGAGAAGGGACUUGGCUUCAUCUUUAUUUUAUUUAGAAAGUAGUGGUCCAAUAUUAUGUGGCAAAAUUCUGAUGCCAAGACAAUACUUCCCAGUUUUUAACUUAAUUCUGAGCGUUCAUUAGUCUAUCUUGUUGUGUGGUACCUAAGUGGCAAAGGUUGAAAUAUUCAAUGUAAAAGUUUCACGAGUUAUCACUUUGUUGAAAUUCUAGUGAUACUGCAUAUUUGACUGCAGCUAUAUUAUUAGACCCUGUGGUGAUGUGCAGAAGUCAUUUCACAAUGAGCACUAAUGGCUCAUUCACUGACGGAUGGAAUCUUUUAACUAGUUUUAGCCAGCCAUGUUUCUACAAAAUAAGCAUGUAUUUAAACAUUAGCUCAUGGUCACUAAAAUGCAUGUUUAAGAAAUAAAAGCAUGACUCAAAAUGUCUGUGAAUCCUUAUGCAUUAAAAUGCUUGUAUAAUA